AUGGGAGAGAUACAGAGAAUAAUAGAAGAUGCUUUGCCAGAUAUUUAUACAUACUCAAUUAUGCUGGGAAAUGACGAACGUGAAGACAAAAAAGCGGGUUUCUUUGGUAACGUAAAUGAGCAGGUAGCUCAAGUUUGCGAGUUACUGAAAGAGGACGAAGAACUUCGGCAUGGAUUUAAUGCAAUCGGGUUUUCACAGGAUCCAAACAACAUUGAACUUUAUAUGAAAUUAAAUAUUUUUUUACCUGAUAUUAAUAAUGAGUAUGAAACAAAGAAUGAGACUUACGCGAGAAACUUGGCAUCUUUGAAUAAGCUCGUGUUGGUUAGAUUUACCGAGGAUGUGACUGUCAAACCAAGAGACACCUCCUGGUUCUCGUUCUACGACGAAGAAGGCGACAUUGUGCCGGUUCAUCAGCAGCCUUUGUAUAAGCAAGACUGGAUUGGGCUAAAAAAGUUGGAUGAAGCAGGGAAAUUAAUAUUCAAGGAUUGUGAAGGCGCACAU